GAGGGGCAUAGUCAGAGGCACUGGAUCACGAUUCAACAAACGAUGUCGGACUUCGGAGUAGUUGUUAAUGUAGUAUGUGUGUGACAACGGCAUUGACAACAUGGAUACGUCUGACCUAGGAGGAGGUAUCAAUUGCACACCGCCAGCGAUCGAGGACUUUCCACACGAUCUCUUUGACGAGAAGCAACGACAGGCUGGGGCCGUUGUCGUUCACGUUAUCGUUUCCCUCUACCUCUUUAUCGCGCUGGCGGUAGUAUGCGAUAAAUUCUUCGUACCUGCGGUCGAAAAAAUAUGUCACGCGCUAUCGAUGUCAAAAGACGUUGCCGGUGCGACGUUUAUGGCAGCUGCAACAUCAGCUCCCGAACUAUUCGUAAAUGCGAUCGGGACGUUCAUCACCGAAGGUGAUAUCGGCGUGGGCACGAUCGUCGGAUCGGCGGUCUUUAACAUUCUAGCUGUUCCAGCCUGCUGUGGUAUCGGGGCCGGGAUGGUCGUGCCGUUGGAUUGGUGGCCGGUCAGCCGAGACUGCCUCGCUUAUGGGGUCACAGUAGCCAUCUUAAUUUGCAUUAUACACGACGAACGAGUCGAGUGGUACGAGGCAUUGUCACUUGUACUAUUAUACAUCGUAUAUAUCGCUGUGAUGUACUGGGACAAGUCGUUUCAGCGUUGUACGAGAUUUCGCACAAAAACGCGGGAAAAUUCAUCGGAGGAUUGCCAUCUCGGUACUGCCCCAGGAGAAGCGAGCGAGAUUCACUUAUCGAGAUCCGAUAAAUUGCAAUCACCUGGCAGUGAGAGAGUCGAACAAAUCGCUACGAUCGACGUGCCACUGCAAAAUGGUGGAGCUAAGACUCAGGAGGAAAAUCACGAACCUGAGUACGAGUACGAACUUUUGGUAUGGCCAGCGCGAGGAGGCUGGAUAAGAAAAACAGCGUGGAUUCUCACGUGGCCAAUUCAUCUAGUCUUCAUGUGUACGAUACCGGACUGCGAGAAGCCCCGAUUCAAAAAUUGGUUUCCUGUCACUUUCUUAAUGUGCAUCAUUUGGAUUGGAAGCUUGAGCUACGUCGUUGCUUGGAUGAUCACCAUUAUCGGUGACACCUUGAAGAUUCCGGACUCGGUAAUGGGCAUAACAUUUUUGGCAGCUGGAACGAGCGUGCCCGAGGCUGUCUCGAGUGUCAUCGUGGCAAAACAAGGACACGGUUCGAUGGGAAUCAGCAAUUCGAUCGGUUCGAACACGUUCGACAUUCUGCUCUGCCUGGGAUUGCCGUGGCUAAUAAAAUCAUCAUUUUCACCGACUCAGCCUGGGCGUCACUACAUAAGCAUAAAUUCGGGUGGUUUGGAGUACAGCGCGAUAUCAUUGUUGUCGACCCUGAUGCUAUUGUACAUCGCAUUUGCCUCGAACAAAUUUCAAUUGGACAGAAAAGUUGGACGAGCAUGUCUCUGUAUGUACGCAGUGUUUUUAAUACUAGCUUCGUUGAUCGAGCUCAACGUAUUCUUCAGGGUGAAUUUGCCGACUUGCCAGAGGACGGUCAAGUGAGCGAGUUCAAAGGGGAGGCUACGAUUCGACCCUCCGGCCCUCCCGUUAGGCAUUUUGUCUCUGUCGAGUUCCCAACGAGCCAAACAUACAAAAAAACCGGAUUACAUUUUUCAUAGCUGUUAAACAAAAAAGCAAACACGUGAAGCGAAACAAAACUCAUGCGACACACGCACGCAUACACACUUCGAUGAAUACGCAGGAAAAAAUAUGUCGCGGAUUAUCACAUGCUUCGUGACUGGCAGAAAAAAAAUGAAAAAAAAAAAACAAAAAAAAACGAAAAAAAAACACGACAAAAAACAAAAAAUUCAUUAACUAAUGGGGGAACGAAACGAGAUUAUUAUUGUACGUUUGAUUACGUGUGUCUCGUGUGUACAGUUGUAAUUUUUACAGAAUUGCAUCUCUUCUUAGUUUCUCUCUCUCUCUCUCUCUCUCUCUGUCUCUCUCUGUCACUCCGUCUCUCUACAUACAUAGAUUUAUUUUCUACGAGCUCUCUAUUUUGUUUUUUUUUUUAUGAUUCCUUUUUUCCUCAAACUUCGCGAUAUUAAAGUAAUUAAAGAUUUUAUACGUCCUCGUUGCUCUCUGUCGUAUUCUUCCCUCACUUUUUCCCAUUGAUCUGUAUUAUUAUUGUUACAAUCGUUGGAUGAUUUAUACAUCAGACAAUAUAUUAAAUAUAAUGUUUUAUUUUCAUAAUGCACCAUUGAAGGAUCGAAAAAUCGUGACUGUAUUCCGUCUGCCAAAGAAGAACACUGAAAAAAUAUAGAAAAAGAAAAUCGAAUUGGUUGUUACCGAUGUGACACGUGGUCCGCCACAUGCGUCAGACUUUAUCUCAUUUAUAUCAAUAUACGUAUAUGAAUAGUAUGUAUUUUUAGACACUCUGGUUAUCGCGGCUGUUCGAUUGUACAAAAACACAACGAACCAAUCUCUUUUUCGCGCGCGCUCUCUCUCUCUCUCUCUCACUCUCUCUCUUUCUCGAUUAACGAAAACGAAUCUAAGACAAUCGAAAUGAUCGAUGCGAUGGAGCUUAUUGUUCCUUUUUUGACAAGCAAAAUUAGUAUUUUCAACGAGGAAAUGAGAGAGGGAGGGAGAAAGAGACGAAUACGAUUGACAUAUUAAAAUGCGAUAUUCCCAGUUUGUUUACAACUUGAGGGGUAACGAAUUGAUGUAAUAAAUUAUUAUAAAAGAA